UUGGAAAAAGGUGUUGACAGUAAUGGCGCACGGUGCAGUUUUAGAGGGUGUGAAGCUGAAUCUGGUUGUGUGCGGGAGUGAUGGGACAUUCAAAUCCUCCAUGUCAGAGCAGAUCCUCAGAGACGUGGAGCUUCAUGGACGUCAGACCAGUCUGGUGGAGCUUCCAGCUCUCAGUCAGCUCUCAGAGGAGGAAGUGAUGCGUCAGACUCUCCGCUGUGUAUCUCUCUAUGAUCCUGGAGUUCAUGUUUUCCUCCUCAUUGUUCCUGACGCUCCACUCAAUAAUGAAGACAAAGCAGAAAUGGAGGAGAUCCAGAGGAUCUUCAGCUCCAGAAUCAACAAACACAUGAUGAUCCUCAUAAUGCAGAGUUCAGAGCAUCAGCCAGCAGAACUCAAUGAAGAAACACAGUCUGUCAUUGAGAGAUUUGGAGGACGACAUUGUUUCUUUGGUCCCAACACACAAGUGUCCACAUUGAUGGAGAACAUUGAGAAGAUGCUGGAAGAAAACAGAGGAGAGUUUUUCUCCACAGAGACAUUUCUGGAGAUGCAGAUGAAAAAACUGAAGAAAUAUGAAGAGAUGAAGAAAAUUCAUUCACCAGAGACACAUUUACUGCCACAAGGUUCAAGAGAAAACAUAAAUGAACUGAGGAUUGUGCUGCUGGGAAAAACUGGAGUUGGGAAAAGUGCAACUGGAAACACAAUCUUAGGAAGAAAUGCGUUUACAGCAGAGACAUCUCAAGAGUCAGUGACUAAAGAGGGUCAGAGAGAAACAUCUGAAAUCAACGGCCGACACGUUACUGUGAUCGACACUCCAGGACUGUUUGAUACUGAACUGAGUAAUGAGGAGAUCCAGAGAGAAAUCAGACAUUGCAUCUCCAUGAUCCUGCCUGGACCACAUGUGUUCAUCCUUGUGCUCAAUUUAGGACAACGAUUCACUCAAGAAGAAGCAACAUCAGUGAAGAUUAUCCAAGAGACGUUUGGUGAAAAAUCUCUAAAGUACACCAUGGUGCUCUUCACCAGAGGAGAUUAUCUGAAGGAGAAAACUAUUGAUCAGUGUUUGGGAAAACCUGGAUCUCCUUUGAUGAACCUGAUUGAAGCGUGUGGAAACAGAUUCCAUGUGUUCAAUAAUAAUCAGACUGGAGACCGAACACAGGUGUCUGAUCUACUGGAGAAGAUAGACAACAUGGUGACAGUGAACGGAGGGAGUUUCUACUCAUGUAAGAUGUUCAGAGAGAUGGAGAGAGAAAAACAAGAACAACAGAUGAAGAUCCUGAUGGAUAGAGUCAGAGAAAGAGAAGAGGUGAUGAAGAAACUAGAAGAAGACAUCAGUCAAGAACGACAGACAUUUAAAAAUAAAAUUGAGCAACUGAGGCAAGAAAAAGAGAAAGUAAAAACAGAAAAGGAAAAAUGUCAAAUCAAAUACUACACAGAAACAGAAAGACUGAUGAACAGAAUAGAGAACGAGAGGAAGAAAAGUGAAGAAUAUAUAGAAAGAGAAGAACAAUAUAAAACAAAAAUACAAGAGAAAGUAAAAGAGAUACAAGACAAGAUGAGACAAGAACGAGAGACAUCUAGACAUGAAAUAGAAGAAAUGAGGCAAGAAAAAGAGAAAAUAAAAACAGAAAAAGAAAAACUUCAGACCCAAUACAAAACAGAAAUAGACAGAAUGAUGAACAGAAUACAGAAUCAUGACAAAGAGAGAAAGAGAAGAGAAAAAGAGUUUCAUGAGAAAGAAGAACGAUAUAAAAUGCAAAUGAAAGAGAAAGAGAGAGAGAUCCAUGAGAUGAAGAGAGAACGAAAUGAAUGGGAGAAACGAAAACUAGAGGAAAAGACGAGAAAUGAAGAAGAGGAUAAGAAAAGAAGAGAGAAAGAACAGAGAGUUUAUGAUGAAUUUAAUCAGAGACUGAAACAAGAGAUUGAGAGAAUGAAAAGAGAGAAAGCAGAUCUUCAAUAUAAACAUGAAGCAAAAGAAAACAAGAUGAAGAUCCUGAUGGAGGAGAGAGUGAAGAAAAUGAACAGAGAAAGAGAAGAACUGAUGAAGAAACAUGAAGAAGACAACGAGAGAAUAAAGAUGAUGAUGAUGGAGAAAGUGGAACAACUGGACAGAGAAAGAGAAGAACUGAUAAAGAAACUCGAAGAAGAGAAAGAGAGAUUGAAGAUGAUGAUGGAGGAAAAACGACAGAAUAAUGAUAAAGAGAGAAAAAGAAGAGAAGAAGAGUUUAAUGAGAGAGAAGAACAAUAUAAAAGAGAAAUGAAAGAGAAAGAAGAGAGUGAGGAGAAGAUCCAUGAGGAGAUGAAGAGAGAAAGAGAGGAAUGGGAGAAACAUAAGCUAGAGGAAAAGGCCAAACGAGAAGAGGAGGAUGAGAAAAGAAGAGAGAAAGAACAGAGAGUUUUGCAUGCAUUUAAACAGAGACUAAAACAAGAAAGAGAGAGAAUGGAAAGAGAGAAAAAAGAUCUUCAAUCUAAACAUGAAGAAGAAGAAGAAAAGAUGAAGAUCCUGAUGGAGAAACUGAACAGAGAAAGAGAAGAACAGACUAAAACAAGAAAGAGAGAGAAUGGAAAGAGAGAAAAAAGAUCUUCAAUCUAA